GCUGGAGCAAACAUUUAACACCAUCAAGACUCAUGUCAUCCAAAGGAGCGCAUGGAUCUACCUUUACGCACCAGUGCUACCGCGCCUUUGGAUGCUGCGUACUCUGAGGCAGGAACUUGAAGCAUCCUAGAAAUCGUUGUACAUUUAACCGCAGUAUCAUCGCAAGCUAAGCGAAAACCCCGACGGUUCGUAUCCCGGUUUCGUUGUUGGCGAUGGAGCGGUGGAAAGGCAGAGUGGCCCUGGUGACCGGAGCCUCAGUGGGCAUUGGAGCGGCUGUGGCCCGGGCACUCGUCCAACAAGGCAUGAAGGUUGUCGGAUGUGCCAGGACCGUUGAUAAAAUCGAGAAGCUGGCAGCGGAAUGUCAGAGCGCAGGUUACAGCGGCACACUAAUCCCGUACAAGUGUGACCUCUCCAACGAGGAGGAGAUCCUCUCCAUGUUCUCCGCCAUCAAAACGCUCCACAAAGGCGUCGACGUGUGCAUCAACAACGCCGGGCUGGCGCACAACGAACCUCUGCUCAGUGGGAAAACAGAAGGCUGGAGGAAUAUGAUCGAUGUGAAUGUCCUAGCCUUGUCCAUCUGCACCCGUGAGGCUUACAAAUCAAUGAAGGAGAGAAACGUGGAUGACGGUCACAUCAUUAAUAUCAACAGUAUGUGCGGGCAUCGAGUGGUCCCGAGUGCUGACAAGCAUUUCUACUGUGCCACCAAAUACGCAGUGACCGCUUUGACAGAGGGAAUAAGGCAAGAACUAAGGGAAGCAAACACCCACAUCAGAGCCACUUGUAUAUCCCCCGGGAUAGUGGAGACUGAAUUUGCCUUCCGUCUCCAUAACAAUGAUCCCGAGAAAGCAGCUUCAGUGUACGAGAGUAUAAAAUGUUUAAAAGCAGAAGAUAUAGCACGUGCGGUCACAUUUGUCCUCGGUGCCCCUCCUCAUGUCCAGAUUGGAGAUAUUCAGAUGAGGCCAGUUGAGCAGGUGUCCUAGCAGUGAAACAGUAGCCAGACGCUGCAGAAGGAGCCCAGAAGUCAGCAGCCAUGGUGACUCAAUAGCGACCUCUGCUGAGCAAGGGUAGGAGUUGGGUGGGAUAAUAAAUGGAUGGGAAAAGAAAGAGCGCAAGGAGUCAAGAAAAGGCUGGAUGGAGGAAAUGAAGGGUGUGGAGGAAAACCACAAUGAAAAUACUACUGAACGCAGCCACCAGUUGUUUGCUAACUGAGACGACUCGAAGGUCCUUGCUGUGCUUAUGUGGUCAUCGAUAUGACCAUCAUUUCAGAUGAAGACUAUGCUAUUGACUGCACAUAUAUUUUUUUUUUUAAGUCAUAUUACAUAUCUAUUUGAAAAUUAAAUCGGAACGGUAAUUGUCUGUUAAUCAUUUUUGGAUUCUUUUUAUAAUUAUUUGACCACUUAAUUGAUGAUAGAUCUGCUGUCCUAGAAACAAAUAACCGUAAAAAGUACUGUAUUGUCUAUUUAACUAUUUAAUAUUCUCUAAGGCUUGACACCUUGACUUACAAUAUGGACAUACUCACUUUUUUUUUUUUUAACUUUAAUCUGUCCAAAAAAAACAAACAAACAUACUAAUGAUACCAUUUUUGUCUGCAUGCGUCCCACAAUCCAAUGAUUGGGUGUGUACCGUAAUUUCUUGAGUAUAAUGCACACUCGCGCCUGAUUAGUUCCGCAGUUAGUGUGAAUUAGAUGUCAAAUAUAUAAUGCGCAUCUCCAAAAUGGCCCUCGAACAUUCUUGUACUGUACCUUUGUCUUAUACUUUCCGCCAAAUUGCUGGUAUUCAUUUUCACAAAAUGAAGUACAGUUCAGCUAUUAUCCACAAAGUAAUUUGUAUUUUUUUUUUUUAUAAAGACAUUGGUAGGGAGAAAAGCAAAGUUGGUGCAACUGGUCAUGGCACAAGUUGAAUUUUACCAUAGCAAUGCAAGAAGGGUUAAAUUUCUGUUUAACAUUAGUUAGACAUUUUUAUUUUUACCAUUAUACAUUUAUACAAUAUGACCCGCCCCUUUUUCCAUCUAUGUUUUACACCCACCAUGGAUUUUAAAUGGAAACCGCAGAUAAAAACGAGUUCACCACUCGAGAAAUGACAUUAAUUUAUGUCGCGCACUUUCAGUUAAUAAACUUAUGAUGAGUUAUUUAAACGUAGAAUUUACAGAUGGGGUCACGGGACUAUAUAUGUAGGUGUAAAUGUACACACGCACAAACACACAUAAGUAUGUCAUUUCAGUGGGAUGUUAUCGAAUACUUAACAUUUAUUGCCUGCCUAUAUUCAAAACUAGACAGUGUCAAUGCCUAUACAGCAUAAUACUUUAUAAUCAUCGUACUCUGUACAUGUAAAAUGUCAAGGAACCCUGUGAAAUUUUUAUUACACCAUACAUGCCAAAAGAGCAGCAUGACCUGUGUACCUGAUAACAGACAUUUGUCAUGUUAAUCACAUUUGACCUAAUAAAUAACUUGCCCACACUGAA